AUGGCACCUAAGCGAACAUCAAGCUCGCUUACACACCAGACAGCCUUACCUGCAGAGAGAGACGCGUCAAGUGCGAUGACAGUAAGCCGACCUGCUUGCGAUGCUCCAAAUCUGCUCGCAUCUGUCGCUCCCCCCGCGGCCGACCGGGAGCCCACCAGGGCGCAUUUGAGCCCCAAAGAGACGGGUCGCCACCGUGCUGACUACAACAGGGCAAGCAAUCCAGACGCUGUCGAGGAGAGCUCGCCGAAGCCCCAAGAACAUCACUCGGAUGUUGCGGCAGCAUCGACGUCUCAUCCGACCGCCUCGGCCAUCUCUGAGGCCGCUGUACCACUGCAUCCAGACGGCUCAAUCGAGUCGCCGCACUUCGACCCCUUGCAUGAACACAAUGAGCAGAGAUUGCGUAGCCUUGACCCUGCGUUUCCAACGUCUCCAGUUUCGCUAAGUCAAAUCUCCCUGCUGAAUAUCUCCCCCUUCGAGUGGUACGACUUGCUAGCGCGGGAUGCCAUCAACCACAUCCAACGAUUGAAUGAUACGUCAAGCGGCGACCCUAGAUGGCGAUUUCCUGAGAUUGCACUCUCUCGUAGGCAGUCACCCGCCCCUGAACAUCCCGGGGCUCGGCUUCAGCAGGAGGCGAGGUACAAUGAGCAGCAGCGACACGCUCUGACCCAUGGAGACGGCCACACUGGAUCACCCUUACCAGAUUAUCAGCAGUUAUCCCAGCCUUGGAACACCACAAGUAGGCUAGAACUAUCGCCAACCGACCUCACCUUCUUUCAGUACUAUAUCGAGGUGGUUGGGCCGAUUCUAGACUUGUUUGAUCCCGCUCACCAUUUCAGUAAUGUUGUGCCCCAUCUGGCACUACGAAACACGGGGCUCUUGAAGUCUAUCCUUGCAGUGGGCGCCAAGCACAUGUCUCUGUGUCUUCGGCAUAGAGGAGAUGGAGAUGCAGCAGAUGGCCAUGUAGCAGGUACCCCAGCUUCAUUGCCCGGAACCGUCCUGUCGACAGAGUCAGACUCUGCUCCAACCCACAUGGCGACCCAGUACUACUACGAAACCCUUCACUAUCUCUCACAAACACUACUGUAUCCAUCUUAUGCCGACUCCCACGAGAUCUUGGCGACAGCCACCAUGAUUAGCACAUACGAAAUGUUUGAUGCGGACAGCUCUGCGAAUAGCAGUGUCUGGGAGCAGCAUCUGCGCGGCUCGUUCUGGAUCCAGCGGUCUCAGGAUAAUGAUGGCGAGUCGGCCGAUGGUUUGCGACAGGCCGUAUGGUGGGCUUGGUUGCGACAAGACAUUUGGGCAGCCUUUCAGGCGGGCCGGCCCACCAUUACCUUCUGGCGUGCACGCAAACCUCUCCAGGAACUCAGCUCGGACGAGCUAGCUACACGAAUUGUCUACCUUUGCGGGAAGUGUGUGAAAUAUGCCGCUUCGGCUGCAAUCCCGCCACACCAGGAUCCGAGAGAACGAAUUGAGCAGGGUGACCGACUCCUGAGUGCGCUCGACGAGUGGCAUCAUAUCCUGCCCGCAUGGUACCAGCCCGUGGCAGUUGCCGGGGUUGGUGGUUCAAGCGUCGUCUUUCCUCCGAUAUGGAUCCAUCCGCGAAAUCAUGCAGGUGCCAUGCAGAUGUAUCAUUUCGCCAAGGCGACAGUCCUGCUGAACCAGCCCACACUGGGCGGACUUAGAGCCUACCUGCUUCGUGAUAAGCAGCUGACGGAAAGUGUCAAAAUGGUCUGUGGCAUUGCCAAUUCGUGCCAGGAGCAUGACUGUGCAAUGGCAUUCAUCAAUGUACAGGCGUUAUUUGGAGUUGGCCAAUUUGUUCGGUCACCCGAGAUGCGAGAGGAGCUGCUACGCAUUUUGGACAACAUGUUACGAAUAAGUAAGUUUCCCGCCAAAGGUCUUGUUGCGCGACUGCAGAGGGUGUGGCAGGAGUGA